AUCAUCGUUGACGCGUUCGCAAUCACGGCCGGACCCUUGAUGCGGUGUGGGCCAGCUGCGUUUAUCGUUGGCCUGGUAGCGAUAGCAUUUGUCAUUGUCUACAUGAUCUCCUUUGCUCCAGAUCCUUACGAAAGCGUUAAGGCAUUCCUUGACAAUGAAGGCAAAAAGGUGGGAGCUUAUGACGAGAAUCAGGAAGAGGUAGGCGGGCGCUAGAGUAGUGCGACCUUUAUAAAUUUUUU